AUGUCUAAACUGCCACAAAAAACCAUUUUUACCUAUGAGACUUUGGUACAUGCCACUGCAGGGGCUGCUGCAAGCAUUUUUGCCAUGAGCAGCGUGUACCCUUUGGAUAUGAUUAAAUUCAGAAAGCAACUUGAAGAUAAAGAACUUGCAGAAAAAUCUACUUUUGAAGGUAUAAUUCACCUUCUUAAGACUGAAGGCAUACAGUCUUUAUAUUGUGGAAUUAGUCCCGUUCUAAAAACAUUAGGAGUCUCAUCUUUCGUAUAUUUUUAUGCAUUCCACGGAGUCAAAUCGCUUAUACCACAGGAGAUGCGCAACUCCAAAAACGACUUCUUGUUGAGUCUCUUUGCUGGUGUUCUGAAUGUUAUUACGACAAAUCCUCUCUGGGUAGUAAAUAAUCGAUUAAAAAGAUGUGACGAAGAACUCCAAUUCACUGGCUUGUUGGAUGGACUAGUGCAUAUAGCGACCACAGAAGGUAUAUCCACUUUAUGGAAUGGAGUAGCGCCCUCGCUGUUGUUAGUUUCCAACCCUGUUAUUAAUUUCACGUUAUAUGAAGCGCUGAAGAGAAGAUUUCCUAUCAAAACUGCUACCGCAUACUUUCUAUUAGGUGCCUUAUCAAAAACCAUCGCCACAAUCCUCACGUACCCUCUACAAGUCGCCCAAACCAGACAACGACUCACCAAAGGACCUAGAAUGAGCACAGCUGCGCUAUUACUUACGUUACUCAGAAAAGACGGACCGAGCGCCUUAUUCACAGGCCUUGAAUCGAAAUUGUGGCAAACCGUGUUCGCAACCGCCUUGAUGUUCGCUACCUACGAAAAAGUUGCCCGCUUGGUGUUCAAAUUGUUGUUGGGAACGGCGAGGCGAAAAAAUUUUUAAAUGUAAAUUAGGGAUGUGA